AAUCCUUCCACGUAUCUGUCCUAGUUUCUCUUUCAUAUAUAUACCGAAACCCUUCUCUCGAUCUGUAUCUGACCGCCCUUUUUGUUAAUCUGAUUGAUCAUCAUUGAAAGCAAGCUUUUCGUACUUGGAAAGAGAAGAAAAAUGUCUUCAUUGGGGACAUCAAAGGGGAUCUUGGAGAUUGCUAAAUUCGGCGUUUAUGUGACCGUUCCCGUUGUUCUUAUGUACGCUUUCGCUAACAAUACAAAGAAUCUCCAGAAAUUCAUGGGAAAUCGUUCAUACAUAGUGUUCCCAUCAAAGAUAGUAAGACCUCCAUCACCAGAGGAGAUGAGGGAAAGGGCUCGAGAAUUGGGUCGCAGGAACGAUACUCAUUGAUGCUGACUGCAAGUCGCCAUUGUAGCCUCACAGUUUUUUUUUGGUUUCCUACCAACAGCAUAUAUGUAAUAUGCAGCUGUAUGCUCUGUGGAUUUUGUUUCAGUAAUUAAAUAAUUUUUCCUGUUUGGAGAAGUAGUAGAUGAAUGCUGUGGAUGAUAUACAAAGACCCACAUAAAACUGACUUAAUGAAGGAUGAAUUUCCUUGCAGUA